ACAGUUUUACACUUUUUAAUCCUGAUUAUUGUUAUUAAACUACUGAUAACAAUUCCAACAAAUAGAAAAUAAUAUUUUUUAAACACAUAAUGUCCAUCGCACAGAUCGCCUGAACUGAACUGAACAACCUUAAUGAAACACUUGAUUGGCGACACAGAUUUAAUUCAAGAAAACUCAUUUUGUGUCUUCGUUUCCUUUAAAAUUGCAAAAAUAUUUCCAAAAUGUUUCCUAUGUGUGAUAUUUAAUAAGAACCCUGUUUGUUUCUACCGCUUUUAUAGGGUUUCUAGCCUAUAUGCUAUUGUGAUUUUAUAUGAGGCAAUAUGGUGCCUCCUUCGGUAUUACAGCUUCGAUAUUUAUAUGCAACAUCAUCUUAUUGUAGCAUAGAUAUAUAUUAUCAUAAGGACACUAACUCAAAUCAACUCGAAAUGUGAGAUACACUGAGGAUUUGCCACAGUGUUUCCAGGUGUAUGUCUCGAAACAGAAACAGUCUGUACAGUGCAGGCUCCUCGCUGAGCUGCAGAUGGAUCAUGGAUCAUAAAUUCAGACAGCACAGUGAAAACUCUUUGGCUCUACUGGAUACGAUGGCUAAUAACUCCACUAACACCACUGAGGAUGCUGAAGUGGAGGACACUGUGGCCUUCCCUAAUCUUCUGUACAGACAGGCGUCCAAAGCAUCAGCUGAGGAUCAACUUGCCUUCACAGUUCAGAUUCUUGAUGAGACGGCUGCCCUGUUUGAGGAGGAUCACAGCUCUGCAUCAUGGGAGGAGAACACAGUGGAGGACUUUGUCAAUGUUGUAACCCGGCAGGCUGACAACCUUCGCUCCUGUAUUGGGAGCCACGGCCACAAGAAGAAGAACACAAAGCUGCACAUGCACUUCAGGAGACUCUCACACCAUGUCCUAAAGAAAAUGGGCCACAGUGCUGAAGCCUGGGAGCUGAUCAGGAAAGAAAUCAAAACCCAUCUGAUGAGAGCGGACCAGCUGGUUUCAUCUCUACUCACCACCAACUAAAAGCUGUUAUCUGUCUGUCAGAUUAACAAUGUGUUCAUUUAUUUAUUUUACAUGAAGUCUAUUUAUUUUUCUAUUUAUCUAUUUAUUAAUAUAUUUAUUGAAAUUAGUUGUUGGAAUUUUAAUUAAAUGUCUACACAGU